UGGAGAGGAUCACCAUGUAGACAGGAGCCGAGUGGAGACGGGCUGAAAUGGGAAACGCUGUGUGGAGCGACGCCGCUCUGCAGCCGCGCUGAUCCUCAGGAACUCAGCCCGCUUUUCCUCUCCUCUGCCGCGCACACUGGACUGGAUUCCCCCCCUUACGUUUUUACGAUUUUAUUUCCUCCAUCUCUUUUCCAUACUCUUCAUUUUUUGUUGCUUUUUUUGUCCGAGUGCGUUCAGAUAAUCUUCAUCCCAAGAGGCUUGUGCGCCGCGGUGCCAGUCUCUCGGUGUCUUAAAAAGAGAAAAACAACAACAACAAAAAAACGAUUUAACUCAUCUUCAGAUCAAGCUAUUGAGCAACACUCCAACACCAUGGGGGACAUGAGGAACAGCGAUUUUUACUCCAAGAACCAAAGAAAUGAUGCAGGCGGCUUCGGAUGCUCGCUUAUGGAGCUGCGCUCGCUCAUGGAGCUCCGAGGCACAGAGGCAGUCGUCAAAAUUCAGGAGGAUUAUGGAGACAUCACGGGACUGUGCCAGAGGCUGAAAACCUCACAGACAGAAGGUUUGACAGGAGAUCCAACUGACCUAGAAAAGAGGAGAGAAGUCUACGGUCGAAACCUUAUACCUCCAAAGAAGCCAAAAACUUUCUUACAGUUAGUAUGGGAAGCGCUACAAGAUGUGACCCUCAUCAUCCUUGAAAUCGCAGCCAUGAUCAGCUUGGGGCUCUCGUUUUAUCAGCCGCCUGGAGGAGGCAGCGAGUCAUGUGGCGCCGCAAACGCUGGAGCAGAAGAUGAAGGAGAAGCCGAGGCAGGGUGGAUUGAAGGAGCUGCCAUUUUGCUCUCGGUGGUGUGUGUGGUGCUUGUCACUGCAUUCAAUGACUGGAGUAAAGAGAAGCAGUUUCGUGGCUUGCAGAGCCGUAUUGAGCAAGAGCAAAAGUUUCAGGUGGUGCGAGGAAGUCAAGUCAUCCAGCUUCCUGUGGCAGACCUUGUGGUGGGAGAUAUUGCACAAAUCAAGUAUGGUGAUCUACUUCCAACGGAUGGAAUCUUGAUACAAGGCAACGAUCUUAAAAUUGAUGAGAGCUCUCUUACGGGAGAAUCAGAUCAUGUGCGGAAAUGUGCAGACAAAGAUCCCAUGCUUCUUUCUGGUACCCAUGUGAUGGAGGGCUCAGGCCGGAUGGUGGUCACAGCUGUUGGUGUGAACUCUCAGAGUGGAAUCAUCUUUACCCUACUUGGAGCUGGUGGAGAAGAGGAAGAGAAGAAAGAAAAGAAAGGUCAGUCAAUGGAAGAUGGCCGACAGCUAGCAGACUGCUCCCAUCCCUCCUCCCACCCCAUCGCAACAAUAGCCACCGAUGGUGCUGCAGGUGCAAAUGCCCCUGGUAAUGCCACCCUAGUCAAUGGUAAAAUGCAGGAUGGAAAUAUGGAGAACAACCAGACCAAAGUUAAGAAGCAGGAUGGAGCAGCAGCGAUGGAGAUGCAGCCACUGAAAAGUGCAGAGGGCGGAGAAGCCGAUGACAAGGAGAAAAAAAAAUCCAACGUGUCAAAAAAAGAGAAGUCUGUGCUACAGGGAAAGCUGACAAAACUGGCUGUGCAGAUUGGCAAAGCAGGUUUGGUGAUGUCUGCCAUCACAGUCAUCAUCCUGGUGCUCUACUUUGCCAUUGAUAACUUUGUGCUCCAGAAGAGGCCCUGGCUCACUGAAUGCACUCCGAUUUACAUUCAGUAUUUUGUAAAAUUCUUUAUUAUUGGCGUCACGGUGCUGGUUGUUGCUGUCCCUGAAGGUCUGCCACUGGCUGUUACUAUCUCCUUGGCCUAUUCUGUCAAGAAAAUGAUGAAGGAUAAUAACUUGGUACGCCAUCUGGAUGCCUGCGAGACCAUGGGCAAUGCUACUGCUAUCUGCUCGGAUAAAACAGGAACCUUGACCACUAACAGGAUGACAGCGGUGCAGCUCUAUGUUGGCGAUGUUCAUUAUAAAACCAUCCCAGACCCAAGUUUAGUCCCACCAAAAACUCUUGAUGUUUUGGUCAAUGCCAUAUCUCUCAACAGUGCUUAUACUACCAAGAUUCUGCCUCCAGAUAAGGAAGGAGGUCUGCCCAAGCAGGUGGGCAACAAGACCGAGUGUGGCCUGUUAGGACUUGUGCUCGAGCUGAAGCGGGAUUACCAGACCAUUCGGAACCAAAUCCCUGAAGAGAAGCUAUAUAAAGUCUACACGUUCAACUCAGUCAGAAAGUCCAUGAGUACUGUCAUUAAACUUCCAGAUGGAAACUUUAGAAUGUACAGCAAAGGAGCAUCUGAGAUUAUCCUUAAAAAGUGCAGUCGGAUUCUGAACGAGGCGGGUGAGCCGCGGGUUUUCCGACCUCGAGAUAGAGACGAGAUGGUAAAGAAAGUGAUUGAACCCAUGGCUUGUGAUGGUCUAAGGACCAUCUGUGUGGGUUAUAGAGACUUUUCUGGUGAUCCUGAGCCAAGCUGGGAGGAUGAAAACAUCAUCCUAACUGACCUGACUGCGAUUUGUGUGGUUGGAAUUGAGGAUCCUGUUCGACCAGAGGUGCCAGAAGCUAUUCGUAAAUGUCAGCGUGCUGGCAUCACAGUGCGAAUGGUCACUGGUGACAACAUUAACACCGCCAGAGCCAUUGCCAUUAAAUGUGGCAUCAUCCACCCUGGAGAGGACUUCCUGUGCAUCGAAGGGAAAGAAUUCAACAGGAGGAUUCGCAAUGAAAAGGGAGAGGUUGAACAAGAGCGCAUUGAUAAGGUUUGGCCCAAGCUGCGAGUGUUAGCCCGCUCCUCUCCAACAGACAAGCACACGCUCGUUAAAGGUAUAAUUGACAGCACGCUGGUGGAGCAGAGGCAGGUCGUGGCUGUCACAGGCGAUGGUACCAACGAUGGACCUGCUCUGAAAAAAGCGGAUGUUGGCUUUGCCAUGGGAAUUGCAGGCACAGAUGUGGCCAAGGAGGCCUCAGACAUCAUACUGACGGACGACAACUUCUCCAGUAUCGUGAAAGCAGUGAUGUGGGGACGCAAUGUCUAUGAUAGCAUCUCCAAGUUCCUGCAGUUCCAGCUUACCGUUAAUGUGGUGGCUGUGAUUGUGGCAUUUACUGGAGCUUGUAUUACACAGGAUUCUCCAUUGAAAGCUGUACAGAUGUUGUGGGUGAACCUCAUCAUGGACACUUUUGCAUCCCUGGCUCUGGCCACAGAACCACCGACUGAAUCGCUGCUCAUGAGGAAACCAUACGGGCGCAACAAGCCACUUAUCUCCAGCACCAUGACCAAGAACAUCCUGGGCCACGGCAUUUACCAGCUUAUCAUCAUUUUCAGUCUGCUGUUCGUUGGCGAGCAGGUCUUUGACAUCGACAGUGGCAGGAACGCACCUCUGCACUCACCUCCAUCUGAACAUUACACCAUCAUCUUCAACACCUUUGUAAUGAUGCAGCUCUUCAAUGAAAUCAACGCCCGCAAGAUUCACGGCGAAAGGAAUGUGUUUGAUGGCAUUUUCAGAAACCCCAUCUUCUGCUCUAUUGUUCUGGGCACCUUCGCAAUUCAGAUCGUUAUUGUGCAGUUUGGAGGAAAACCCUUCAGUUGCUCUCCUCUGGAUGUGGAAAAGUGGAUGUGGUGUGUGUUUUUCGGACUCGGGGAGCUGGUCUGGGGACAGGUGAUAUCGACCAUCCCGAACAGUAAGCUUAGGUUCCUGAAAGGAGCUGGUCAGCUCACUCAGAAGGACGACGUCCCGGAGGAGGAAUUGAAUGAGGAUCAGGAGGAAAUUGAUCAUGCUGAGAGGGAGUUACGACGAGGACAAAUCCUCUGGUUCCGCGGUCUAAGCAGAAUCCAGACUCAGAUCCGUGUGGUGAACGCGUUCCGUAGCUCGCUCUAUGAAGGCCUGGAAAAACCAGAAUCUCGAACCUCCAUCCACAACUUCAUGACCCAUCCUGAGUUUAGAAUAGAGGACUCGACACCCCACAUCCCCCUCAUAGACGACACUGACAUAGAUGACGAGGCGGCCAGGAAGAAUUCAAGCCAGCCAUCAUCCCCCAACAAGAAUAACAAUGCCAUCGACAGCGGCAUAAACCUCACCACCGACACAAGUAAAUCCGCUGCCUCGUCCAGUCCCGGGAGCCCCCUUCAUAGUCUGGAGACUUCACUCUAGCCCUGAUCGCCUGGGAAAAUCUAAUAAAAUCCUCAAACAGGACGAUACACGAUAAAGAGCCAACGCGCACAAAUGUGCGGCUGACUGAACGUGUGGUCCGAAGCGUGUUAUAUUUUUCCUUCUAUUUCUCCGCUGAUGCUUUUAGGAGAUUGAGAUUUUAAUUGGAACGUUUUCUGGAUCGACUUGAAAAACAGAAACUGACCACUCCCUUUUUUUCCUGAAAUGCAAUGGACCACAGUGAGAAUUAUUUAAAUCGAAUUCAGCUACUCUAACUACUUCUCCUGCAUGAAUGUACAUUACCCUGAGUUUUUAUUUUGGGGAAAAAGAAAAAAAAAACAAAAAAAAAAACUAUUUGAAUUAAAUUCUUGGAUAUGAUUUGGUGGGAAGUGCCGUGGGCUGCAACUUUUAAGACUCUGAUUCAAUGAUCUCUGAGUAUCGUGUGUGGCAUGUACCUUACUGUAUAGAUUUAUUUGGUUAAUGAAUAAAUUGUGUAUCGAGGUUGCAGGGCUCGACUUGCACAAGUAGAUUUUGCACCUGUUGGAAAAAGAAGAACCUAUGGAACAUAGCAUUUCGUAAAAAUACUAUAUAUAAUAUACAUAAAUAUAUAAAUAUAUACAGAGUUUAUCUUUGUUGGCAUGUUGCCUUGUUUCUGCUUCAAUGACUCUAACUACUUUAACUUAUUUAUGUCCUAAAGAGAAUGUAAUUUGUUUACAAAAAAACAUAGAUGCGUCCUUUUUUAAUUUUUUUUUUUUUUAAACAUUAGGGUUUAAACCAUAUGGCAGACAUUAGUUGGAAAAGCUCAAGCUGUCAGUUACACUCUAGGUGUUUUAUUACAAAACAUGUGCUGGACUUGCCUGCUAUUUUGUCAUAUAAUGUAGAUAUUUUUAGACGAUUAUAAAACAAACCAAAAUAUAGUGGGAUCAUAUAAUUAACAUGGCAUCUUAGUAUUAUACAUUGUCGGGAUGAACUCUGAACAGUUCCCUCAUUCUUAAACUCGCCCUCAACUUGGACUUUAAGAUGAAGGUUUAAUUUCUAUACGCUUGUUUUAAUUCUUUAAAAAAA